GUCCAGGGCAGGGGGGGGGUCGGGAUGUGUCAUGGCUUCGCUCGUAGGGUGCCGCAAUGUCCUCAGUGCCUUCCGGCGGGCGUUCUCUGCCAGGCCGACCAUCCUCUACACUCAGACUAGGGAGAAGAAGCGAUGGAUGAGGUCCUACGUAUUGCUGAUGGAAAGGAAAAAGAAACUAGAAGGUCCUCCGCCACCCAAGCCCCGAUCGCAGCAGCCAAACUGGGACUAUCAUGCUGAAGUAGAGGCCUUUGGUUAUCGUCUGCAUGAGAACUUCAACCUGGACCUUCUCAAAACAGCGUUCGUUAAUCCCUGUUAUAUUACCUCUGAGGAAGCACGCCGGCAAGAUCUUAAACUUGACAAAGAGAACAUAAAAUUAAAUCUCAAAGACAAUCAGGAUAUAUCUGGAAGAGGCUCAUUAUUUGCCACUGCUUAUCUCCAAGACUGUUUUAGUCGUGCAUAUCCAAAUUUGCCUGAUGAUGGUAUUAAGGCACUUAUUGGUUAUGUCACAGGGUCACAGGUUGUGUGCCAUGUUGCCAGGAACUUGGCUGUGGAAGACUUGGUACUAAGUGCAGAGUUCCCUGUGCCACAGGAGGUUUUACAAAAGACAUUCUUUGCUGUUGUUGGAGCUUUGAUUGAGAGUAGUGGAACUGAAAAAGCCAGCUUAUUUAUCCGGGACUUCCUAAUUACUCAACUUAUUGGCAAAGAUCUGUUUGAAAUGUGGAGUGUCGUUAAUCCCAUGGGACUUUUGGUGGAAGAAUUGAAGAAGAGGAAGGUGCCCCUUCCUGAGUCCAGGUUGACCAGGCAAUCUGGAUCCAGCACUGUGCUUCCAGUGUAUUUUGUUGGACUGUACAGUGAUAAGCAGCUAAUCGCGGAAGGACCUGGUGAAACAGUGUUGUCGGCUGAAGAAGAGGCAGCACGAGUGGCGCUCCGUAAACUUUACGGCUAUACGGAAAACAGGCGACCUUGGGAUUACUCGAUCCCCUCAAAGGAACCUCAGGCAGUCGAGGCUUUGAGCAGUUAAAGCACAAGGUUCGGCUGAUGUGAUUCACGUCAUCUGAAUGUUAUUUCUCUUUUGGAAUUUUAACCAUUGUACAAACUUCAGAAUUUUGUAACAAUAAAGACAUUUAAAUCAA